UUGUCUGUCCGGUUCACUCUAUCAAGACCAGCCCAAACUUACACUUGAUUUCUCUUCUAAAAUCUCACUAUUGGACCGUCACUGCGUCCGUUUUAGCCCAAAAAAAAACCCCGUGUUUAUUUUGGUAAUAAAUGGUUCGGAGGUCGACUGUGUUAACCGGAGUGACGGCCGAGCUGAGAGCGACAUGAACCCGCCGAGGAGCAGCAGCAGCCGGGGGAGGAGGACGUGAAGGACCGCUGACACUUCCACUCCGGUCGCCGCCUCGAAGGAUAUUGUCGCCUGGUGUUCGCGACUUAAUCUUGCCGCACAUUUGCACCUGUGUUCCUGUUAUUAUGGAAAAAUGAAGAAUGCACCACGCCAGGCGAUAAAUCCAAUUCCUGAGGCAAGCGUCCAUCUUUUGCUGCUGCUCAGCCCCAGGGGCCACCCUCCACUUCCACAGGCUCAUCUGUGAGCACCUCUACCUGGGCAGCCAGACUCCCAAGAACGCUUUGCAGAAGGGAAGGAAAGGAUUGGAUUCGGAGGAUUGUUAUUCUGGGGACAGGCGGAGGACGACAUGGGGUGCUGCAGUGGCAGGUGCACCUUGGCCUUCAUCUGUGGCAUGCAGCUGGUCAGCGUCUUGGAGCGUCAGAUUGUUGACUUCCUGGGUUACCAGUGGGCUCCCAUUCUGACCAACUUCCUGCACAUCAUCAUGGUCAUAUUGGGCCUGUUUGGCACCAUCCAGUUCCGACCGCGAUACGUCACUGGGUACGCCGCCUGGCUGGUCGUGUGGAUGACCUGGAAUGUUUUCAUCAUCUGUUUUUACCUGGAGGUUGGAGAUCUGUCCAAGGACUCAGACCUAGUCCUGACGUUCAACCUGUCCAUGCAUCGGUCCUGGUGGAUGGAGAACGGGCCCGGGUGCAGGGUGACCCCCGUCACCCCUCCUCCCUCCUGGGCCCCCGAGGACCACCGCUACAUAUCGAUAUCGGGCUGCCUGAUGGAUUUUCAGUUUGUGGAGGUGGCUCACUCCUCGCUGCAGGUCUUGCUGGCUUUGGUGGGGUUCAUCUAUGCCUGCUACGUGGUCAAGAUCAUCUCGGAGGAAGAGGACAGCUUUGACUUUAUAGGCGGCUUCGACUCGUACGGAUACCAAGGACCUCAGAAGACCUCCCACCUCCAACUACAACCUAUGUACAUGUCCAAAUAAAAGACCAGGAACUUCUUUAGAAGAGCUGCCUUACCGCUUUGUUUUGUGUUUGUUUGUUUCUACUCUAAAAGUCUUUUUGAGGAAGGAAACAAGAGCACACUGAGUCCUUCCAGUGUUUCUCCGAUGAAGUAAGAGUGACUUCUGGUGGUGGGAGUCACUUACUGCAUUAGCGGCUAUAAGAACAUUUUUGAGCACCUUCAUGGCCAACUUCUGGAACUUCCCCUUGCUCUUUAGUGCCUGGUGAGACUUCCUGACAACAACAACAACCAAACAAGGAAUGUCUGACAUCUUUUUUUUCUACUUCCUCAAAAGUUUGGAUUGUGGAUGUUAGCAAAGCAUCACAGACAUUUUAAAAAGACACAAAGCGACGUCCAAACGUGCUAAAACGAAUUCAUGUUUACAUCUUUGACAAGACUUUUUUAAUCAAAUAACUUUUUGUGCUUUUUCAGACCUGGGUUGUCUGAAUAAUUUGUCUUCCAGCCACAAGAGGCAGGCAGGAAGAAGAUGAGGGAGAGGUCAGGCAGCCUUUUUUGUCUUUCUUUUUUUUGCUUCUUUGCGAGUAGCAUCCAUCCUUAACUAAGAAAUGUCCCAAAGUUGACGUGUUGGCUCGACACAAAUGACAAUCACAGUCAGGGCGGCCUCCAUUUGUAACUCAUUUCAAGUCAGAAAACAAUGUUUAAUUCUUAAAAAGACACACAUGUCCUGUUUUUCUUGGUAAAUCCCCAGUGACUCAAAUUGUCAG